AUGGGUGCCAAAUUUUCUAAAAUCUUUAUUUGUUCUACUCCCACUAAAAAAUCUCAGUCAAGCUAUAACUCCCCUACUACAAAUUCGAAACCAACUAGGACGGCUAGGUCAAAAAAUAGCUCCUCUACUACAAAUCCGAAGCAAACUAGGUCAAACUAUAGCUCUUCCUCUACUACAUUAACGCCAAUUGGAGGCGCUACAGAACAUUAUGCUGGUGGUGGUAGUUUUGACCGUGGUGGGCAACUUCGACAUUAUAAACAUUAUAUUCGAUCAAAUCCGCAUCUAUCUCCUAAAAAAUAA